GAUGUCCAAGGACCACGGUGGUUCCUCCGGCCACCACGGGACCAAGGGCUCCUCUUCCUCAGCCAAGGAGCACCUCUCGAACGCCAAGGAGCCGACGACUAAGGGGGGCAAGAAGGCCUCGUCCUCUUCGUCGUCCUCCUCCUCCUCCUGUGCCACCUCCCCUGACAUGCAGCCUCUGCCCACCGUCAAGGAGGAGAAGCGACCCCCGAGCUCGAAGCUGGGCAUUCCGGUCAAAAGGAUGGAGAACGCCAAGAACAAGGAGAACGCCUCCGCCGCCGCCGUCGCCGCCAGCGCCCCGGCAUCCACCAGGGUCCUCGCCCCGCCCCAGCCCACACAGCCUCCCGAUACCCUCGUGAUGCCCAGCCACCCUCCUCCUCCCACGGGAGGCGCCCCUGCCACUGCCGUGGCUGCCACCAACACUUCCAGCAGCCUGGGGAGCUUCCCUGAGAAGGCGCAGCUGGAGAAGACCGUAUCCGACCUUGUGAAGAAUGCCGAGAGCAAGAAGCAAGAGAUUGCCGCCCUCAAGAUAGAAAUCAACAGACUCAAGGAAGCAGCCCGAGAACGUGAGCACCUUAGCGAUGAAGAGAGUAGCAAGACUGCCCUCACCAGUGCCCCUGCUGGUGGGUUCCCUGACGGCCCAAGCAAAGGGUCCUCCUCCUUCAGCGCCGAGGCCCCCAGCCACCUGAGGAGCACUGUACAGACCUUGUCGGCCGAGAACAAGCUCCUUCGGGAUCGUCUGCUGCAGCUGGGGGUGUCCCUGGAUUCGUCACCUCUCUCAGACCAAGAAAAGGAAUUGUUGCUCAGUAAAGUCUCCACAAUAUCACAGAAUGGUGGUGAAGGACCCUCCUCAUGUGGGGACCGAGGAGAAUGGGACAACAAGUCAACCUCCAGUGUGUCAGAAAUGUCAGUGGCUUGUCUACAGGAUCGAAUCCAGCAGAUGGAAGAGACCCACUAUUGCACAAAUGAGGAACUCCAGGCCACGCUGCAGGAACUUGAUGAUCUUCGGGAACAGUUGUCAGAAUGUCAGAUUGAGGUGCAGCAGUUGCAAGAGGAGAAGCAGGUAAUACUGGAGUCCUUGACACAGCAAACAGAGAAGUUGAAUGAAUCUCGCAGUCAUAAUGACACCUUAAAGCAGAUGCUGAUCCAGCACUCUGAAAACAGUCAAGACUUAUCACAGUGUGAGAAGACACAGAGACUGAUGGAGCUUCUGAAGAGUGCUCAAGAGGACAGAGAGCUACUGCAGAUAAAGCAGGAGGAACUAGAGCAGCAGAUUACUACCACCAAGGAGGCUGAAGAACGCUUCCACCAUAAUUCACAACUCAUCAGAGACAGAAUGAAGGUGCUGGAAUCAAUGGUAGAGACAGCCAACAAUGAGAAAAAGGCAAUUGAGACGCAGUUAGCAGAGUCUCAAGAGGCUGUCAAGGCUACUGAAAUGGAGAAUGCCAGACUACAGGCUGCUGUAGAUAGUGCCAAAGAAAAGAUAACAGAACUGGAGGCAGCAGUAAUCUCAGGGGAGAAGAGUGAGUUGGCAGAUCUACUAGAAAGAGUGAGGCAAGAGAAGGACUUGCUGGAGAAGGAGAAUGCAGCUCUCCAGCAAAAGGCGAGUGCCAUGGCUUGUGAGAAUGAGAGACUCAAGGACCAGAUAUCCAGUCUUCAGGAUGAGCUUAUGGUUGCUCGUAACAAUGCACGAACACAACUUGAAGAUGCUGGGUGGCGGAAGGCACAGCUGGAGGAGGAGCGUCAUCACUUGGAGGAAGAGACAGAGGUGCUAAGAGCCACCAUGGAAGACCUCAAGCUGACAUGCCAGCACCAUUUGGAGGAUAAGCGAGACCUCAAAGCCAGCCUUUCAGAAUCACAGAAGAAACUCCAUGAAGCCUUGGAGAAGCUGAAUGAGAAGGAGCGUUGCUUCAGUGAGGAACGAGCACAGUUCAGCAAACAGGUGGAGGAAUGGGAGCAGUUUCAGAGUGAUCUUUUGAUGACAGUGCGAGUUGCUAAUGACUUCAAGACGGAAGCACAGCAUGAUCUGGAACGCCUAACACAAGAAAACACUGUUUUGCGAGACAGGCUCAAGCAACUUGGCCAAGACUUGGAGAAGGCAAAGGCAGCUGUUAAAGUAUGCAGCCCAGUGAGUAGCACAAGCAGCAGCAGUAUGAGCAGCAGCAGCAGCAGCGAGCGCAGAACUAUCCGGAACUUGCCUACGCCCAUGCCUAAUGGAGAACCAUCCAUCCUGGCUGAUCGUCGCAACCCUAGACCUCUGGCACGAGGGGAUUCCCGUGUCAAGUCACUGAUAGAAUCCAUUGAGUGUGCAACUCGACAGACCCGUGCAGGAUCUCGAAGUUCCUCUACAUCUAGUUUGUGCAGCUCAAGUAGUGAAAGCAACAACAAUAAUAACAAUAACAACAAGACUCCAGGACCACUUCUCAAAAGAGCUGAUACUGAGGGUGUCAUCCGUGGUAGUUCCACUUCACCACUUAAAGACGCAGGUAACACCCUGGGCACAUCAACAUUAUCAACUCCCUUGAGAGCCAUUCAACGCAAUUCCUUCACAGAAGGAGUAACCCAGUCACCAUUCUUACAAAGCAACUUCACUAAGCCUUCCACUGGCUCAUCAAAUCUCUCAGACAAUGUUAAAAUGUCACAGCUGACAGACAAAAACAGUGGAAAAAUAUCAUCUAUGAAUCCUGGAGAAAAUGUAGCCAAACCGAUCUCCAUAUUAAGCAACAAGCUUGACCACUCUGUAAGACGUAACAGCUAUGGUCAGAUAAGUGCUGUCGUAGACAAGAAGGAUCCUUUGGCUUCUUUGGCUCAAGGUGGUGGCUCCAAGAGGAAUGCAUUGCUCAAGUGGUGUCAAAACAAGACCAUAGGUUACAGCAAUGUCGACAUCACAAACUUCAGCUCCAGUUGGAAUGAUGGUCUUGCUCUUUGUGCUCUGAUGGACACCUACAUCCCUGACAAAAUUUGCUACAAAAGUCUCUCUCCAUCGAAUAAGAGGCAGAAUUUUGAAGUAGCAAUAUCUGCUGCAGAAAGUGUUGGUGUGCCGAAUACACUCGAUGUGAGUGACAUGAUUACAUCAGAGCGACCCAACUGGCAGACAGUAUAUAAUUAUGUGACAUCUAUAUUCUGUCAUUUUGAAACUUGAGUUUUGAUGUAGGAUGCUGGUUGGUUAAGAAAGAGAAAUAUUUUGAAGGAACAUUCAUUAUGUUUAGAGGCCUUUGCUGAUCAUGACAUUAGUUAAUAUUUUUAUCUGCUGUUGUAAAAUUUUCAUCAUGUACCUCUUUACUAGUGUUUUUCUGUCAAGAACUAUGGUGCCUAUCCACCUUCAAAGGGUUCAUUUAAUAUCUUUUUUUUCUUUCUCUUUUUUUAAGUUCAUGCUGUCUCAUAAUAUAAUUUUUAAACAGGCACCAUUGCUUUGCUCUGAGUCUUAAGAUAGUAGUUUGAAAUUAUUUUAUGGGCAGAAGUACAAUACUAGUUACUUUUUGUUAAUUUUAAUUGUAGAUUUCUUUAUAUUUUAUUAAGGAAAUAUUGUGUCUAGUCGAAAUUAUUCACAAUGAAAAAAAGACAAGUAAAUUCUUGUUAUAUUUUUAUCUGGCUGUGUGUAAAGUUCUCAUUGUGUGAUGAACCAAGUAAUGUAUAAUAAUAGAAGAAAAAUAUGUACAGAAAAUUAAUAAAAGAUAAAGAUUGGUCCUGCAACAUUACUGAAUAACAGUUCUGUCUAUCCAUAAUUUUGAAUGCUAUUUUCAAUCUGUAAAACUCUCUACAGUACCAUAGACAAGCACUGAAGGGAAUUUUUCCCAUUAUGAUUCCAAGACGAAUGUGAUUAUAAUGUUUUUCAUACCUUUUGAUAUUAUGAUUAUAAUGUUACUUUUACUAUUACUGUUAAUCAUUUAUUACCCUCAGCUACUCCAGCAUUGUUAUCAUUUUUAUAUACAUAUUAAAGAAAUGUGUCUCCUCCUGCUUCCAAUCCUGUAUAUUACAGCUUCUAUAGAAGGUAAAGCUCUAGCUGUAGUUAGCCAGGUGCUAACUGAGCCGCGAGGAUUACAGCACCACUGCAAGAACUGCUUAAGACUUGAAUAUAGUCAUUUGGCUCGAAAGAAAAAGAAUCCUUAAUUUCUUACCAAAUUUUAAGGAUUUUUGUUUGCAUUUCAGUGAUGUUGUGGACUUCUGGGAUUUUUCACCCAUUAUUUUUUUAUUAUUCAUAAUGCAAAGUUGUGCCUUAUAAACAUUAAAGGAAUAACUUAUAUUCAGUUGUGCAGUGUCAUCUGCUAGGUAUAUAAAAAUGAGAGCUUACCAAAAAGAUGGUAUUGUCAUUCCCAAGAUGACAAUGAGAAGGCUAGAUUUACUGUAUAUUUGUGGAAAUUUAAAGAUUAUGAGUGCAUUGUAAAUUAAAACUACAUAAUGAACUGCUACAUAAAAUAUUCCUUGUCUGCUAGCUUCAUGUUAUUUCAACACGAUAGGCUACUUUACAUAUUAUCAUGUCUUCAUCAUUAGCUUCAUAUCUGUCAGAUUUUAUUGUUAGUGUACAAAGUUUUGUAAACAGUCAUGCAUCAUAUUUGGUGCAAUGGCUAUGUAAAUACGCUUGUAUAUAGUAAUGUUUAGGUACUAAGGGUUAAAACGUAUGCAGUACAUAUAGUGCAACUGUGCAUGUAAGCUUGCAAGUUCCUAUGGCACACAUGGAAGCAGUAUUAUAAUAAACACUAAAGCUUCAAA